UCUGCUGUUACAGCCAUAGGUGGAUCAAUACUUUGUUACUACUGCCCGGAGGAAACGUUUAGCGCGGAGUGUACGGACCAGAGGAACUGCACAGGAGCCAAUAACGUGUGCAAGACGACCGUACUGAGCCCGGACGUAGGUUACCCCUUCCAAGGGAAUGAGGUUGUGAUCCGCGGCUGCGCCAGAGCUGUGACCUGUAUAAACAACGAUAUGGACGAACUCGGAAAUUCUCAGAUCAUAUCCUGCUGCAACACCGACCUCUGCAACAACCGAGGACUCAACGCUACAACUACAACAUCCAUGACCGACGGAGCCGCACACAACACGGCCACAACGGGAGCGGUCCUACUGGGAACCUCAAUACUAUUUAUUGUAAUGUGGUCAUGAGGGGAACUCU